AUGGCUGAAGAUAAGGUGUUUGAACUGGGAAAUGAUAAGCGUGUGACGGUGCGUGAGUUCAAGGGCCGGACACUGAUUGAUAUCCGGGCCUUCUACGAGAAAGACGGAAAGAAAUUGCCCGGCUCAAAGGGCAUUUCUCUGACAGAAGCUCAAUUUGAAGAGCUCUCAGAACAAGUGCAAAGCAUCCAAGAUGCCGUGUUGGCGAUGAAGGCCGAGAAGGAGGGAGACAAGGCCAAGGCCAAGGAAUCAAAGGCUGCAGAACACGCGGAGAAGCGUGUCAACGACAAGAAGCGCAAGGCUAAUGACGAUGCUACUAAGGAUAAACACGAAAGCAAAGAUGCUGAGACAAAGAAGUCUCGUGGAAAGAGAAUCCUCUCAGAGGAGUUCAUCGUGGAUGAGGACGAUUUCUAA